AUGCAUCGAGAUCUAGAAUUCUGUUUACAAUAUUGUAAGAAAUUAAAUACACCAUUCUUUUGUGAAGGUCAACAAAAUUUUAGUUCAUUAAAAUCAAAAUAUCCAAAUACAUUUGAAUUGUAUCUACGUCAAUGUUUGGAUUUACAUUCAACAAUGGGUGCAUGUGGUAUAUUUGACAAUAUCAGCCUUUUGAUGAACCGUAUUUCAGAACAACCGAUUAUUCUUGAUGAUCAGAAACGAGAAUCUCUUGAAUCGAGUUUAAAGAAGUUUGAUAUCCCGCUGAUUUGUCCACCUAUUCUAUGUCGUAGAGUAUCUAAUCUAAAACAAAACGAAUCAGACAGUAUAUUGCCAUUACAAACCAUCGAUGUUUCGAAAAACGAGCAAGACACACAGGUAACUUGUAUUGAUCUCCUCAAAUCGAUUGCUGCUGAGCGCUGGAUUGUACUUAUCGGUAGUCCUGGUAGUGGCAAAACUACUAUUGCACGAUGGUUGACAUGUGAAUUAAGCCGAAAUUUGCUUAACGAACAGAAGAACGUGUUAGAAAACCAUCCUAGUUCAAAUUUAUUUAAUUAUAUUGGUCACAACACAUGGAUAACGCAGAAUUACAUUAAUUCGGAAUUCAAAGUUUUACAAGAUUUUGUUCGAAAUGGACAUGCAUUAAUCAUUCUCGAUGGAUUAGAUGAAAUGACAAUAUUUGAAAUGUAUAAUCGAAUAAAUAAUCAAAUACACGAUUUUAUGAAUACUUAUUGUGUGUCAAAUGACGUCGAGUCGCCAUUCGAUGAUAAAUACUUGGCAACUGCUAACCUUGGAUGUCCAUUUCGAUGUGAAAAUUUAAUCGGAGGAAACAUAGUUAUUCUCACUUGUCGAAUAGUCAAUUAUACGGCACAACCUUUACAAAGUACUUUGAUUUUUCAUUACAUGAUUGAACCGAUUAACAUAGAAUAUCUUAGUAAUUUUAUCAAACAAUGGUGUUAUCAUGUGCAAGAUGAAAUUGUUCCUUUAUUAAUUCGAUAUAUUCCAGAAAUAAAGUGGCAACGAGCAAAAUGUAAAUCUAUUUUCGAUUCUAAAAUUCUUAUUCAAAGAAUCGAAUCAGAUAAACUUCUUCAAUCAUUUGCAUCAAAUCUUUCUGUUCUUUCGAUUAUCUGCAUAUUAUUUACUCAAUAUGGUAUUGAUGUUCUUAAAAAAACUCGAGUUCAGUUGUAUCAACAAGUCGUCGAAUCAAUGAUUCAGAGAUGGCAAAAUUGUCGAUCAGUCAUACCAAAAGAUACAUUAAUAUCUAUCUUUUCCAAUAUGGCUUUUUAUAUUCAUUCUCGAUCAAGUCUAGGUCUUAUUGAUGAACUCGGUUUAACUCAUCUAUGUCGGUUAUCACUUCGACGAUGGUAUAGUCAACGUUCUGUUGGUACAAAUUAUAACUCGAUGAAUAUUCGACAACAAACACAACAAUUUAUGCAAUUUAUAAGUGAAGACGCUGGUAUUGUUGCUGCACGAACUCUUUGCGUUUACGGUUUUUUACGUUUGACUUUUCAAGAAUAUUUUGUAUGCUUGGCUCUAGUUAAUGUCGAGCACUGUAAUCAAGUUGAAACUAUUAACGAAUUAGUUACUCGAUUUAUGUCUUUAGGAUCGAUUUUUCGUCUACGAGAACCUCUGAAUCUCGCCUUGGGAUGGAUCAAUUUGCAUUGGAGUUUUGAAAACUUUGAUUGUUUUUGUAUUCAACUACAAUCUAAAACAAAUCUAACUAAUAAACAUUUACCGAUGGGUUCUCUAUUGUUCAUCAGUGCCGUUGCUGAUAUAGGUUGUUUACCGUCGGAAUCCACCAUAUACAGUAUAUUAAAUUCUUUAUUAGAAUUUGAAAUCGAUAAAACAGAAUGUGCGUUUCGAAGUCAAUUAUUAAGUGGUUUAGAUCGAUUACCAAUCGAUAUUGUGAUUAACCGGCUCAACCAUGCAUUUAUGAAAGGAGAUGCAGCACUCUCCUUAAAACUAUUAUACAUAUUAUACUGGUCAAUACACUACAGACGACCAUUACCACAAUGGGUCACGACUCAAUUUUGUGAAGUUCUUUGGAAACAAUUGUAUCGAUAUAAUCAUGAGAUUGAUACUUGUAUUGAUCGUAUCUUAAUGAUCACAUCUGCAGUCAACCAUCAUUGUUUACCUUCUCCUCCCAAUAGUUUACGAGCAUAUUUGCUUUCAAAAACUAUUCGAACACAAGAACUUCAUUCAUCUGUAUUAACUGCUCUUAUUGUCUUGUAUGGGGGUUUGGAGUACGAAGAGCGAAAAAAUAGUCCGUUGAUUAUGUUCAAAGUUUGUCGCAUGCAUCGUGAUUCACCGCUAUCUCAUCUUUUCAUUGAUUAUUUCAAUGAUACAGCUACGAAUCAGACAGUUAAAUUGCAAAAUUUGAUUGAUCAAUGUCAAAAUAUAGUGGACAGAGCAGUAUCGACAACUGUAACUCAAGAAGCAAAUCAUACUGUAAUAGUAUUAUUUUGUUUCUAUGGUAUUGAUAAUUCUUCGAAUUAUGAAAAAUAUAUUGACUCGCAACUUUGGCAAUCUGCUGUAUGGCAUAUGAAAAUCGUUCAUUACUACCUACGCCAAUUCUAUUUUGUAGAUCCACGCUCAAGUUUAUCGAGAUAUGUCAUCGAAACUGAAGAACUUGAAGGUGGAGACAUUCAUCUUUUACAACGAGGAAUCCACCCGUUCCAACUUUUACAACAUAAGCCAGUAACGCUUCUUCUUGCCUAUGUUCCUGUUCCAGUUUGA